GGUAUUGAGAGUGAGAGUCAAAUAUCAUCAUAUCAUAGGCAAACAAAAAGGCAUUUCAUGGCUUCAUCAAACAGACAUUGGCCUAGCAUGUUCAAGUCCAAACCUUGCAAUUCUCACCACCAAUGGCAACAUGAUAUCAAUACUAAUCUUUCUUCUUCCACUGCCACUACCUGCCUCAGAUCUGCCCCUUACACUACAGUUGGUGGGUGUGAAGAGAGAAGUCCAGAGCCAAAACCAAGAUGGAAUCCAAAACCUGAACAAAUUAGGAUUCUUGAAGCAAUUUUCAAUUCUGGGAUGGUGAAUCCACCUAGAGAUGAAAUUAGAAAAAUUAGAGCUCAAUUGCAAGAAUAUGGACAAGUUGGUGAUGCCAAUGUUUUUUAUUGGUUCCAAAACAGAAAAUCCAGAAGCAAAAACAAACUCCGCCAUAUCCAAAACUCUAAAUCCAAUCAUAAUUCCCAAACCGCCACAGCCACAACCACCGCCAUCGUCUCCAUCGCCGCGACCACCACCACCACUUGUUCUUCCUCUUCUUCCUCUGACAAAUCUUCUCCCAAAAAACCUCCCAUUAGGACUCCCACCUCCAACAAUUCGGUGACUCAGAACUACCUUCAACAACCCACCAACGACGUCUUGCCUGAACCCUUUUUCUUCCCGGUGUCGCAGACCGGGAGUGGCGGUGGCAGCGGAAGCUGUAAUUUGAGUCAAGGGUUUUGCUUCUCAGAGCUGUGCAGUGUAGUUCAGCAAGUUCCUGAACAUGGAGUUGGGCCUUGCACAAGCCUGUUGUUGAGUGAAAUUAUGAGCCCACAAACUGAGGACUUAAAGAAAGAUUUGGAUCAAGACAAGAUUAAUAUGGUGAAGUUAGAGCCCCAGUUUAUGAAUUUUCAUCCUUGUUUGACUUCCUCUACUACUGAUCACACUCUUCCUCAAACCACUAUUUCCACCCCUCUCACCACUCUUCCAUCUCCUACCAAUGCAAUUCCUCAAGGUGUAGGUGAAGUUUGUGGAGUAGGUCAAAGCUGUGUAGGGAAAUCAACGGUGUUCAUCAAUGGUGUGGCGUUCGAGGUGGCUUCUGGACCGUUCAAUGUACGAGAGGCUUUUGGUAAUGAAGCCGUUUUGAUUCACUCAAAUGGUCAGCCUGUUCUCACCAAUGACUGGGGUCUCACUCUCCAUUCACUCCAACAUGGUUCUUACUAUUAUCUGAUAUAGAAGAGUGGAAUGUGGAGGGAACUACUAGGGAAUAAUGAAGCUGCAUGUGUUUCCUGUGCCUCUGAUCUAUCUCUAUCUUUGAGUAGCUAGGGUUCAGAUUUUACUGUUUGUGACAAAGCUCAAUGUAUGAGAGGACAGAAUUGAUGAACAAGAUAAAUCCUUGAGGCAAUGUAAUUUGUAUCUUUUUUUUUUUUUUUCAAUGGACUUUUUAUUUCC